AUGAAGGCGAUUUAUAGCUGGCUUUUCAUCGCAAUCUUUCUCCUUAUCAACGCUAUUGAUCGAUCAGAACAAAUGUGCACACGAGGAAGCAGUGGAGGACAUUGCGGUCAUCAACACAAACAUGAUCAUUCGGGCCAUCAUGGUAGUGGGAGUGGUUCGGAGGAAGAAGAGGAAGAAGAGGAAGAUGAGGAAGAAGAGGAAGAGGAGGAAGAUGAUGAUGACGAUGAUGAUGAUGACGAUGACGAUGACGAUGACGAGGAUGACGAUGAGGAGGAGGAGGAAGAAGAAUUGUCAACUAAUACCAUUUAA